AUGAUGAAUUUAACUGUAGUUACCUCCCUUCUCGUCAUGGUGGCUAUUUCGUUACAAUCUGUUGAAGCUGCAGGGCGAAGAUGUUGGUGUGAUGCCCGGAUUAACGGCAAAAUCGUAAAGUCUUUCGGUAAUAAUGGUGUUAUUUCCAGUUGCGGUUGGUUGUGCGGUUGUCGAAAUAGCAAUAUGCUACAAUGUGAUUUAAAAUGUGAUGAAACCGUCCAGCAUUGGGCAGAAAAUAUCUGUAUACAGGGAUAUAGAGGGCAGAAAGUUAGAGCUCACUACAAAGCCAGUACCUGUGAUACCGGAUAUGGAAGGCGUACAUUCACUUGCACUCCUCCAAAAGUUUGUUAUAAAAAAGUCACCAAACGUGUCCCUUAUACUUGUUAUAGAACCGUGACGCAAACAGUGACCACCCCAUGUAAUAAAGGAUCGUCUGGUUCAUCCGGUGGUAUCAAUGGUAUCCACAAGGGGGCACUACAGUUAUAA